AUGAGCGAGCGGUUGCGCCACAGGGAGCGGGUCAUAUAUUGCGACUACUGUGCAUAUCCAGCACGGCCGCGUGCCGGCGAAAUAUCAGUAACAGUACCAGUAACGUGCAACACGAACUUCUUUGUUGAAGGUUACGGAACCAUCCCUGUACUGAAUGGCGAUCCAAAAUGGCUGCCAACGAAGGUGAAGCUUUUUGUUGGUGCACAAGCAAAAAUGAUGCGACCUACAGCCAUUCAUAUCUGCAACGGAUCGUUUGGGGAAGCGGAGUAUCUUUUUAGUGACCUACAAGAAAAAGGUGUAUUCGAAAAACUAACAAGUUAUGAUGAAGUGUUACUCGCCCGUACGCAUCCAUCUGAUGCAGUAGAAGGAUCGACAUAUAUUUGCACAAAAGAUAAGGAAGAGGUUGAAAAGAGAGAGCAGCCAAAAACUUCGUGGGCAUUUCCUCGUUGGAUUUCACCUGCAGAUUUCAAAACUCAAGUAGAAUCACGCUUUCCAGGAUGUAUGCAAGGACGAGUUAUGUAUGUGAUACCAUUUUCGUUGGGUCCAAUUGGAGGUCAAUAUUCCAUAAAUGCUGUUCAAAUAACUGAUAGCGCCUACGUUGUUCUUAAUAUGAGAAUAAUUGCUAGGGUGUCUUCAUCUAUAUGGGACGCGAUUGGACAGUCGGAUUUCGUUCGCUGCGUGCAUUCCAUUGGACGUCCGCGUCCAGUUAUGGCCAGCGCCAAAGAGAUUUGGCUGUGCAACCGGGAUCACUUCUUCUUAGCCCAUCAACUUGAUAAAAAUGAAGUAUGGGCGUAUGGCUCAGCAUUUGGCGAAAACUCAUUUUUGAGCAAGAAAUGUGUUGCCUUACGAUUGGCAAUGUAUCGUGGUUAUAAGGAAGGAUGGUUAGCGCUGCCAGCAGCUCUCAUUGCAGUGAAAGAUCCUUCUGGCAAGGAAUUGUUUGGCUGUGUCUCUUUUCCCAUUGGUGGUGGAAAAACUGAGUUUGCCACUAUGACCCCUACCCUCAAAGACUGGCAGGUUCGCAUGCUUGGCGAUGAUGUCGUAUGGAUCAGAUGUGCUCGUAGUGGGAAGCUUCAUGCUUUAGCACCCGAAAAUGGGCUGUUCGGUUGUGCGUUUAACCUAACUUCCCAACAUCAUGCGUACUUACUCAAGAUGAUUUCGAAGAAUGCAAUUCUAACAAACUGUGCUUCAACUAGUAAAGGAAAGUACUUCUGGGAGACAUUGCAUUCUGCGCUGGAAAAACAUGAAAGGGUUAGGGACUGGAGAGGGGAGGACUGGACCUUUAAACAAAAUAGGCUGGCUGCACAUAUGAAUUGUCGUUUUACUGCAUUCACCAGCUCAUCUCCUAAUGUCCAUCCCGACUGGGAGGUGGGCGCAGGUGUCCCUAUCAGUUUUAUAAUUUUUGGAUGCAGACGUAGCGAUCAAAUGCCUCUGAUCUACGAAACGGAAUCUUGGGAGCACGGGAUUGUAAUGGCAGCUGGUAUUCGGACACUUUCCUACAGUGCUCUUGAUCCUCCAAGCAAUACACUUGUACCUGAUCCGCUAUGUAUGAGGACGUCAAUGUCUUUUUCUUUUCCAAAACUCUUGAAUCACUGGAUAAGUUUCAAAGAAAAAACUCGUGAGACACCAAAAAUCUUUAUGGUAAAUUUAUACCAAGAAGACGCUAAUGGAAAAAUCAUGUGGCCCGGAUACGGAGACAAUAUUCGAGUGCUGGAAUGGAUAUUCAAUAGAUGUGCUUUCCCUGAGAAAGCGUCUACAUUAUCAACGGCCAUAGGACUUCUCCCACAAAAAUUGAAUACUGAGGGGCUCAAAGGCGAAUUUUCAUCCUUGUUUACCAUAGAAAAACAUUUUUGGACGAAAGAAAUCACACAAAUUUAUUCGUUCCUUUCUGCAGAAAUGGGAAGCAAAAUGCUACCCGUCGUUAAAACUGUACUUGAAAAUCUUAUCAAGCGCAUUUCCACUAUGACUUGAACUACUGAAGGCGAAACACAAUAA